CAGAAGAGACAUUCGUGUUUGCUGCACAGCUUCAUUCGACAACAUAAUCUGUAAAUGAAUACCAGUCCAGGUGAGAGACUAACAGGAGACGAUACGGGUGAAAUGGCUGCUGUGAGCUCUGGUUCAUUCUGCUGUCUGAUCGUCUGUUUCCUGCUCUGCACCUGCACAGCUCAGGAAAACAUCACAGCUGAACUGGGACAGGAUGUCAUUCUACCAUGUGGAGGUCCCAACAACAACGACUCCUUCAUCGCUGCAGAGUGGGUCAGACCGGACCAGCAGCCAGACUACGUUCUGUUCUACCGCGAUGGGAAGUGUCAUCCACAAUUCCAGCAUCCGUUGUUUAAGAACCGAACGGAUCUGCAGGACAAGCAGAUGAAGGACGGAGACGUUUCUCUGGUUCUGAACGAUGUGAAGAUGGAGGACACUGGAACAUACGUGUGUCGUGUUUUCCUGAAAGAAACCAUCGACAGGCAGAGCGCCAUUGUGAAAAUCGUCCACCUGGAAGUUCAUCCACCAGGAGGCAAGGAUGGAGGAGACAAGGAUGGAGGAGACAAGGAUGGAGGGAACGUAGUUGGACUGGUUCUUGGAAUCGUCUGUUACUUCUUGCUGUGAUGGUUUCUGUUGGUUUCCUGAUCUCCAAAAAACACAUUAAGAACAAUUCAGAGCUCCUUGUUGACAUCAAAUGAUUGAUAUGAAUCAGUUUCCUGGUUGGGUCUGUUAUAGCGGACCCAGCUGAUGAUGGAAGCAUCAGAACCCUGAGCUCCUCCCAACAUCUCCAUGAUGGAUAGUUCUGCUGUAGAGCUGUGGACUGGUGCUGCUGCUGCUCGUCUCCAUCAACUUUUCUACUCUGUUGGUUUGUCUUUCAAUAAAUGUUCUGGACAUAAAGUGUUCUGUCAGAUGGGAUCAGAACCAGAUAGAAAAGUUCUGAUUGUACAGAACGAACCACAACUUAUAAAGUUUAAAAGAUGUUUACUUUUUGUGCUGUGAAGAAUAAAAUACAUUUUGUUCUUUACAAGCGCA